AUGAUCACAAGAACAGUGAACAAAAAUCCCAGAACCACACGGGGGGACCUAGUGAAUGACCUGCAGAGAGCUGGGACCAAAGUAACAAAGGCUACCAUCAGUAACACACUACGCCGCCAGGGACUCAAAUCCUGCAGUGCCAGAUGUGUCCCCCUGCUUAAGCCAGUACAUGUCCAGGCCCGUCUGAAGUUUGCUAGGGAGCAUUUGGAUGAUCCAGAAGAGGAUUGGGAGAACGUCAUAUGGGCAUUGAAGAUGAAACGUGGCUGGGGCUUUCAACAUGACAAUGAUCCCAAACACACCGCCCAGGCAACGAAGGAGUGGCUUCGUGAGAAGCAUUUCAAGGUCCUGGAGUGGCUUAGCCAGUCUCCAGAUCUCAACCCCAUAGAAAAUCUGUGGAGGGAGUUGAAAGAUGUGACCAUUACUGAUUCUGUAGCCAUGCUGUCAGUGCUGGACUCCAAACACCAAAAAUCUGGUACAUCUGCAUCAUGUGCCCUUUGGCCAGUGGACCUCAAGUUAACUCACUUGGACUGGAACCCUGAAGCAACCUUGAUACAUUUCCAGGGACAGUACCUUACCAUAUGUGAUCUUGACUAUAUCAUCUUGCAAGGGGAAAUACAGAACAUACUAAAGACUAAAGCUGCAGUGGAUAUCGGAGAGUUUUGCCUUGUGGAAGAUGUGGAUUCAGGCCGCUGGUACAGAGGAAGAGUUCAAAACUGGAAAAAGGACUUGUUCGAUGUUUUCCUCAUAGAUCACGGUAACCUUUUGAGUGUUGACAUCAGCCACAUAUCUUCCUGUUCAAACGACCUGUUCAUCCUGCCUCCCAAGCUAGUUUGUGGCUUUCUUGCAAAUGUUUUGCUGCUUCACGGUUGUUCUCAUUCUGUAGUGGAUAAGUACUUCUCAAACCUGAUUAAAAAACAUGUCACCGGUUACAUCCAAGCCCUCCUGCCCCACAAAGUUUUCUUGUUGGAAGCCCCCGACAUUAACAUUGACCUCAUUAGACAUGGGUUUGGGAGGCAUGUGGACACAGAUACUUUCCUCCUCUUGGUUGGCAUGCUCACAGAAGUGCCGCUCAAACAAAACAUGGAUCCAGUUCCUGACUUACUCAUUAAAAAGCCAUGGGGGCAAGAAUUCUGCUUCAAAUCAUCCUGUUUGCAGGGAUACAAAGAUAUUCUGUCUCUCUGUGGGCCCAGAUUGAGUUGUGGGACACGUGCUAAAGUGCGUGUAACUGCUGCUGUUAACCCUGGGCUGUUUUACUGUCAGAAGACCAGUAUGGAAACAGAUCUUUGGGAAAUGUCAAAGAUGCUGGCUACAGUUAAUGAGUCCCGAAUCAAAGAACGCAACCAGAAGACUCCAGAAAACCUGGGUUUACUGUGCUCGGUCAAAGGCAAAGAUGGGAAAUGGUACAGAGGCUAUGUGCAGUUUCUCCCAGUCAACUCUCAACUUCGAGUUUUGUUCAUUGACUAUGGAUUCUUUGAAUCUGUCAAUGUUGAGAACGUCUAUGGGUUACCACCUGACUUAUUUUCAACAACAAUCAUGGCGUUCCCAUGCUCACUCUCCUCACUGAGUGAUGAGGAUGAGGCGGUCAAAACUCAGCAGUUGAAUUUUCUCAAGGCAGGCUUGCUUGGAAGAGUGUUAGAUGUGGAGAUCAGAGGUUUCGACAAAGAACAGCACCUGUACUCUAUCACAGUAAUUGGUGUUGAAGACAAUAAUGUGAAGGAACCAGAGCCCAUUCAAGAGCUUCCUAGCAUGAUAAUUGAGUCAGUUUCAAAGGAAGACUUGUCACCUCAGUGUGGCUAUUUAUACAAUGAGACAAUCAUGGGCAAAGCCAUGUGUAAAACACUGGAAGCAGAAGGGAUCCAUGUAAACUCUGUCUUUGUGGGCUUUGUCGUGCAUGUCCAGAAUCCAAGCCACUUCUGGAUCAGAACGGAAAAACGUAAUGAUGAGUUUGAAGAAAUGACGAUGAAAAUGGCAGAUACCUUCAGUCAAAUAAAGCUGGAUGAAGACGUGCUUUUGAAGCCUGCGCUUGGGACACUGUGCUGUGCAGUGUAUGAGGAAGACAUGCAUUUCUACAGAGGUGUAGUGACAGACACUUAUAAGCAUGGAUCUGAAGUUCUUUUUAUCGAUUUUGGGAACAUUGAGAAAGUGCCACACAAGUUGAUCAAGAAGAUGCCAGAGACAUUUGCGAACAAAUCAGCAUAUGCCUUCUGUUGCACUCUUGUUAAUGUUUUUCCAUUGGAUGAAAUCUGGACCUGCAUCACCUCUGACUUUUUCAGGCAAGCUGUGUCAAACAAACCCCUGCUAGUCCAUGUGGUCCAAAUGAGAAAAAACAAAUUUGUUGUUGAUCUCCAUGACAUGGAAAGUAAAGACAAUCAAAGUAUCACUGAGCUCCUCAUCUCUUCGAAACAAGCUGCAUACUGGAACAAUGUUACCAUAGAGCCCGUGGUGCAAAACAACAUAGAUCUCACAGAAAAAACAAGGUCUCUCACAGAAAAAACAAGGUCCCCAAGAUAUGGUGUGAAAUCAGACAUCAAUGGGUAUACAGAGCAAUUGCACUGUGAGAAGGUAGGGAAAACGUGCAAAAUUGAAACUGAGAAGGUCCAAGCACCUGCUAGCUUCAAAGCCUUAAACAUCAAGCCAGGGUGUAAUUUGGCUGUGAUUUGCUCUUACAUCAAGUCUCCAUCAGAGUUCUGGUGCCAGCCUCUAGAUAAACAUCUAGCUUUGAAGGAACUGAUGGAUGAACUCCAACAAUAUUACUCAACUCACAGUGUUCCCCUCAAUUCAAGGGGUUCAUGUUGUAUCGCCAAGUCACCUCAAGAUGGUAGAUGGUACAGGGCCUUCGUCAUAGAGAUACAGAAAAGUCAUGCCAGAGUGAUGUUGGUUGACUAUGGCUUUACCAUCCAAAUCAAGGAGCAGAAUCUUGAGGCAAUAAUGCCAGAAUAUCUUUAUUUGGAAGCACAAGCUUUCAGGUGCAGCCUUAACAACCCGAUCAAACCUGCUGACCCCGAGAACAGUGGGGAUUGGAGUCCGGCUGUGUGUAAGGAGCUGAAAGAUUUAGUCUUCAACAGCACCAGUGCUUUAAGAUGUGAAGUCACACAGUUGUAUGUGAAAUUCCAAGGGCUGUAUAAUGUCGUGGAACUCUACGACACCCAAACCCAACAGAGCCUAACAAAUUUGCUCUUUAAGCAGAGCGUGCCGAGAGAAGAGCCAAUCUCAGCAAUGCAACUGUCAACCAUGAUUCCUGAGUCUUUUGUCUACUCUUCACAUGAUCUGCGUCCUGGAAAUGAGGAACAAGUCUACAUCACUCACGUUAGCAGUCAGUGUGAGAUCUACUGCCACCUUGAGAGAAACACUGAAAUGAUUGAAGAGCUCGAAAACAAAAUCUCAGAUGAGAGUGAGAAACUGAUGCAAGACAGUACGACAGCAGUUGUGAGGAAGCUGUCCCUGGCAAAAUACUUUGAUGGCAAAUGGUACAGGGGCUUGGCACAUCCUGUUCAGUCCCCUCUGCAUCUUGGUGUGUUUUUUGUGGAUUAUGGAAACACAAACAUAUCUGAGAAAACCCAUGUCAUGUGUAUCCCCAGAGACUCUGAUUUAUUGUACACACCCAUGCAGGCUGUGAAAUGCCACCUUGCUUCAGUGUCCAAGGAAAAGCUCUGUUCAGAUGUAAGAGAAUGGCUUGAUGGCGCAAUCCUCAACAAGCAAUUGAGAGUCGUCGUAAUUGGAAAAAGAGAAGACGGUUCAUUUGACGUUGAACUGUUUGAUGGAGACGUUAACAUCAGUGAGAAGGUAAAGGAGCUCAUUCUCAGGUUUUCACCAGAACCAAGGACGGUUGUGAGUUUUAACAUGAGCGGUCCAAAGAAGAAACCUAAAGCUCUCAUUACAGGACACACAAAGUCUUCAGUUGUGUGCAAGAAUCAAAGUCGACGGCCUUCAAGGUCCCCGACAUUGAUUGCCUCCAGAUGCACUCAAUUUGGGAAUGCACCUCGCAAAAAGAACCGCCCCCCAAAAAAACAUGUUCCCGGUGAACGACCUCAACAUACAGAGGACACUGAGAUCCAUCAGCUCUCGUGUUUGCCAGACAUGAAAGUGAGCUCAGGUUUCAGGGCGAUGUGUUUCGUCUCCCACAUCAACUCAGUUGACAGUUUCUUUCUUCAACUGUCAGAGGAUGAACCUACCAUCUUGAAAAUGGGAGAAAAUCUCAACUCUAGUAUCAUCAGGGAUUCCUUGAAGAGUGCUACAUUUUUGAGAGUAAAUGACCUUGUUCUGGCUGAGUAUGAGGAGGACGGAGCUCUGUAUCGUUCUGCCGUGACGAACUAUGAAGGAAGUUCCCGUUUCAAAGUUGAGUUUGUGGACUAUGGAAACUCAGCAGUUAUGGGCAAGGAAAAGAUCUACUCCAUACCAAAGGAGUAUCUCUCUCACCCAAGAUUCAGCAUUGCAUGCUCCCUGUUGGACACAAGCAUGUACAAAAGUGAUGUCUCUUUCACUGAUGCAGUGAUGGAGAAACCUCUCUUGGUUGAUUUUGUCCGUCAUAAAAAUCAUUGGGAAGUCGAGGUUGAGAUUCUUGAUGGAUCCGGUUGUGUUCCAUCUGUACUGGAAGCAGCCGUUGAAAGUGAAAAGGGAGAGAAGUCCCCUGCGUCAUUUCAAAGAGACGAGAAAGCGACAUCCUGUGAGCAGAACGUCCUUACAAAAGAAGUGAGUGAGGAGAAAAAACCUGCAGAAUGCAAAAUAACUAGUGUUGAUGAUGAUGAUAAGCCAACACCUGCCACACUGUCACCUAAAAUAGAAAAACAUAGAGGAGCACCCACCAUAAACAAAGGAGACUCUAAGGAGAAUCCAAGAAUGAUCACAAAAUCCUCAGUCGAAGCAAAAAGUGAUUGUGCCGAUGCACACAUACCUCCUUCUAUUCAGGUUAGAGACACAGAGGCUAGUACAGUUCUGUCGGUCCUGAGUAACGGGACUUUUUAUGCCAGACUAAAUAGGACCAGUGAACUGCUUACUGCAAUGGAAAGUUGUAUUGCUGACAACCUAUACAAGUGCAAGAUGGUGGCAGAUGAGGAUGUCAAACACGGCCUUGAGUGCUUAGUUCAGGUGGACAUGCAGUGGCACAGGGCGUUUGUUCAAGAUGUAGGCUUGGAAACAUGCCAGGUCCUCCUCGUGGAUCAUGGAACAACUGUAAAAAUCCCAAGUGGCUCAAUCCAACGCGAGUGUAGCGAGCUGACAAAAAUGCCGCACCUUGCAGUUUUGUGCAAACUGAACUGCCUUGGGUUCAGUGAGGGAGUGGCUGCCCCUGAAUUGUGGCGUGAAACACUCAAACCAAUGAUUGGCAAAGAAGUCAAACUGGUGUUUGUGUGUUAUUCAGAAGCUGAAAAACUUUGGAAGGUUGAAGUAGUCAAGGAUGGACUGUUCGUCCUUUGUCACAUUACAACCUCUCUGCAGCAGAAUGAAGAGAUGGUCCCAUCAACUGCCGAAACACGAAUUGAGGAAGUGGAAGGGGAAUUCAACUUGUGCACAAGCCCCCCUCAGCAGCUUUUCUUUGCUCCUAUUGAUAUAGAUAAAGCGUAUUCUGGGUUUGCUGCUGCAGUGACGACUCCCUGCGAGUUUUGCAUCGUCCUGGAGGACUUACUACUUGUCAUGAACAAAGUGUCCUUAAUAUUGGAUGACCUCCCUGAGCAAAUGUCUCUUCCUGUAGCCCACCUCGUCCCUGGCACUUGCUGCCUGUUUAAGUCACACACAAAGAAUAAGUGGUGCCGGGCCGAAAUCGCAGACGCCGACACCACAGCGGUCCUAAACCUGGUGGAUUACGGCCAUUACGAAGGCAUCCCGUACGAAGACUGCUCCAAGCUGAAGAGGUUACCUGAGGAAAUGAGGAACCUCCCAAAGGUGACAUACCCUUGCAUUCUGAGAGGGGUGAAGCCAGUUGGAGCAGAUGGACAAUGGACCGAUGGAGCAGCAGUCUUCUUCCAGCAGAGUUUGUACCAGAAGAACCUCCAGAUCUUCUUCAGGGAAUGUGUAUCAAACACACACUGGAAGGUGGACAUUCUGGCAGAAGGCGUCCAUGUUGCCAAGGAGCUGGUGGAUGCUGGGCAUGCCAAUUAUAUAGACGUCAUGCUAGGACUGAGGUUCCAGCAACAGCGCCCCUGUAGAGCAGCUCCUCGUGACCCUGAUAGUGAGGAAGAGUGGAGAGAAGAUGAAGCCUUCACUGGGAAGACGGAUCUCUUUGUUGAGUCUGCUGAUGAAGCGGAGGGGAAGAUGCCUCUGUCUGAAUCUCAGCAAUGUUUUAUGAUGUGA